UCUUGGAGCCUCCCCAUGGACCUGGCGUAGCCUUGCGAAGCCUCGCGAAGCCUGGCCCGCCGCGCCGUGCCCCCGGUACCAUGCCACCUUUCCCAGUAUCCCCACUUUCGCCGAGUUGAGUUCGCGCGCCGCGAUCAGUGUCGUGUCGCGUCUCCGCCAAGGAAUUUGUGUUAAUUUUCAAGACAGUGGAAGAAAAAAGUGCAACAGCGCGGCGGGAAUCGAACCCGCGUCACUUUGAAGAGAUGGUUUUCCAUCAGCGAGAACCAUGACCGCGCUGCUCGUGAUAGUGGACUCCGCUGCCGACCCGGCGAGCAGCUUUUUUUGAGAACCAGUCUUCGGAAACAACCGGCAAGCUGUUCACCGAGGGGCCGACGGAGUACCUCGCCGCCAGGAUGUACGAGAGCUCGUGCUCGUACCAGUCGGCGCUGGAGCGGCUCGCCUGCCCGUCCAUGAUCAAGAGCGAGGACUGCUCCGGCGCGGGCGUGGCGGGCGUGGCGGCGGUGCCGCCGGGGGCGGACUGGUACCGCCUGGCCUGCAACACGUCCACGUUCGAGCAGCUCAAGCAGUCCGUGGAGAAGGCCAAGGCGGCGCUGCAGGACCGCGCGGCGCAGGGCUACCUGUCGCCCGCCUCCUUCACGGAGCACCUCGCCGAGCACCUGGCACCCUCCAGCAUCGCCAGCGCGGCGGCCAGCAUGGCCACCGCCCCCCAGGGCGCCUCCACGGCGCACUCGGCGGGCGGCGCGCACACCCCCGUCAGCCAGCAGCAGCUGCACGCCGCCCCCGCCCCGCAGACCACCCCCGCCCCCUCCAGCCAGGAGCACAAGCGGCCCAGCCAAACCCACGUGACCAGCAGCAAGAGUUACCACUCGUCGGACAGCAGCGCGCGAGUGAAAAGCGACACCUCGUACAAAGGAUCGUGGGGUGGACAUGCCGCCAGUCAAACGCCAGGAUACAGUACGAAUGCACUGUCGACUAUGUCGAAGUCUUCACUGGACCCACACAGUCACCUUAGGCAACCAGAUCCCUACCAGAUGUUCGGGCCGACGAGUAGUCGACUCGCUAGUUCAGGCUCAGGCCAGAUCCAGCUGUGGCAGUUUCUCCUGGAGCUGCUGUCGGACUGCAACAACGCGGGCUGCAUCACGUGGGAGGGCACGCAGGGCGAGUUCAAGCUCACGGACCCCGACGAGGUGGCGAGGCGGUGGGGCGAGCGCAAGAGCAAGCCCAACAUGAACUACGACAAGCUCAGCAGAGCGCUCAGGUAUUACUACGACAAGAACAUCAUGACCAAGGUCCACGGCAAGCGGUACGCCUACAAGUUCGACUUCCAAGGCCUGGCCGCCGCCACCCAGCCCGCCGCGGCGGACCCCGCCGCCUACAAGUACCAGUCGGACCUGUUCUACCACCACUCGGCCAAGCUCAACUUCAUGUCCCCGCACGCCGCCAUGCCCUCCUCGUCUGUCUUCCCGUCGCCGUCCUCGUACUGGAGCAACCCCAGCGCCAACCUGUACUCCAACAUCGCGAGCAGCCACGGCAUGGCGCACGCGCCGCACCACGUGGCCGGCCACCUGCCCAGCUACCCGCACUACGCGUGACACGUGAGCGUGGACGCGCGGCA